AAAGCUGCAUAUCAUCACUUCAACCACAACAAGGAAUCUUCAAUCUAUCAUCUUACCUUUGCUCACCUUCAACAAGACCAAAAAUGGCUGCUUCUUAUGGAGCAAGACUGGUUGUGCCGAUAGAUGUGAAAAAGAAGCCAUGGGAACAAGAGCUUCCACUUCACAACCGGUGGCACCCGGAUAUACCACCUGUGGCAGAAGCUACGGUGGGAGAGGUUUUUCGAGUUGAGAUGGUCGAUUUCAGCGGGGGAGGUAUCACUAAGGAAUACACUGCAGAGGACAUCAAGAAUGCCAAUCCUUCAAUUGUGAGUUCCCCAUUUGUUUUGGUCUGUUUGCAUGUUUUCCACUUCUAAUGAGCAGCUGCAACUUCAAUCAUCUAGCAAGCAUCAGUACUAGGUAGUACAAUAAUUUCCCACAAUAUCUUUCUCCAAGUUUUUCAUCCAAUCACCAAGACUUAAUUAGACCAUAAAUUAUUUAAUAUAUGAGAAAGAAAAUGAACAAGACAAACAUCGGAACAAGUAUAAUCAAUCAUCUGCAAACUUCUAAAGUUUGAUCAAUCAUUCAAAUUGGAAAAAUAAGUGAACUUUGUUAUGUUGUGUUUGUCUUCUAUUCCAAGGUAAGUUGGGGACCCUUGGGAAAAAAUGUCACGUACUCUAUCCCAGUUUGUCAUCUAACAAUUGUAUGGACAUUAACAACGUCGUUCCUCUUCCUCAAUAGAUGCUGAUCAUAAGUACUAAAAAAACUUACAUCCCUAUGCUUCCUGAUUCUCCCCCUAAAAUUCAUCCAUGGCUCCUCGGACUCCAAGAUUAGUAGUUCCGAUUAACUUGAGCAGCAAACCAUGGGAGCAAAAGCUACCUCUUCACAACCGGUGGCACCCAGACAUACCCCCGGUGGCUGAGGUCAAAACUGGUGAGUUGUUUAGAGUAGAGAUGGUAGACUGGACUGGAGGUGCUAUUAACGAUGAUGACUCUGCACUAGACAUAAAAACCGUAGACCUCUCCACUGUUCACUAUCUCAGCGGACCAAUUAGAAUUUCGGACAAGGAUGGAAUCCCAGCACAGCCAGGCGAUCUUCUGGUAGUUGAGAUAUGCAACUUGGGUCCUCUUCCAGGGGAUGAAUGGGGUUUCACAGCAACAUUUGACAGAGAAAAUGGAGGGGGUUUUCUGACUGACCAUUUUCCUUGUGCUACAAAAGCUAUUUGGUAUUUUGAAGGAAUAUAUGCCUACUCUCCUCAGAUACCAGGAGUGAGAUUCCCAGGUUUAACACACCCUGGAAUAGUUGGUACAGCACCAUCAAUGGAACUCCUGAACAUAUGGAAUAAGAGGGAGAGAGAACUUGAGGAAAAUGGAGUUGAGUCUCUGAAACUAUGCGAGGUUGUGCACCAACGGCCACUGGCUAGCCUACCAUCGACAAAAGGUUGCGUCCUUGGAGGGAUCAAAGAAGGCACUCCUGAAUGGGAAAAGAUAGCCGUGGAGGCUGCAAGAACAAUUCCAGGAAGAGAAAAUGGUGGCAAUUGUGACAUCAAGAAUCUUAGUAGAGGUUCAAAGGUGUACCUUCCGGUAUUUGUUGAAGGAGCAAAUCUUAGCACUGGUGACAUGCACUUUUCCCAGGGAGAUGGUGAAAUAUCAUUCUGUGGUGCAAUUGAGAUGAGUGGUUUCCUAGAGCUCAAGUGUGAUAUUAUAAGGGAUGGAAUGAAAGAAUACCUUACACCGAUGGGGCCAACUCCUCUUCAUGUGAAUCCAAUCUUUGAGAUAGGCCCUGUCGAGCCAAGAUUCUCAGAAUGGUUGGUAUUUGAGGGCAUCAGUGUUGAUGAGAGUGGGAAGCAGCAUUACCUAGAUGCAACAGUUGCUUACAAGCGCGCAGUACUCAAUGCCAUCGACUACCUCUCUAAAUUUGGAUACUCCAAAGAACAGAGCUACCUUCUGCUGUCAUGCUGUCCAUGUGAGGGAAGAAUUUCGGGAAUAGUCGACGCUCCCAAUGCUGUUGCAACCCUAGCAAUCCCAAUAGCUAUCUUUGACCAGGAUAUUCGACCAAAAACGAACAAGGUGCCGGUUGGUCCCCGGAUAGUGAGGACACCAGAUGUCCUAAAAUGUACUUAUGAUGGAAAUUUGCCAACGACAAGGAACCCUAGCGCAGCAACAUAAGCUUUGUCAAAGGUGCUCAGGAAAACAAAGCAAACAUUUCAGCCUAUAUUGAUUAUGCCUCUACUAAGUCAUGCAUGUAUGACUACAGAUUGUGAAAUCAUAAAACUAGCAACCAAGUAAAACAUAUAGAAUGGAGCUGAUAGGCUAAAGAAGAUAUAAAUUCCCAUAUAUUGCCCGUCAUAUACUUGUACCAGCCACCUUAUAUGGAAUUUAAGAAUCCAUCCUCAUUUCUUUUGCU